UGUGAAUCUUGUCGUGCCCUUAAGGGGCGAAGGCCCAGGCAACAUGCAGAUCCGGGUCAUGCAGUGGAACGUGUUGGCCCACGGCUUGGCCAACGAUGGGUUUUUAGUGUCCCAACCAAACGAGGAGGGUGCCAGCAUCUUAGACCGCGCUCGGUCUGUACAAGUCUUGGGGCAGACGAUGAAGCAGCGGGCCAAGAAGUCUGGGGAAAAAAUACGGUUGAAAGAUCUGCCAGAAGAAAUGAAAACCUGGGACCCACCGCCCUUUGACUUCGCGCAGCGUCUCAAGAGCAAUUUUCAAGAGAUUCUUCAGGAAGAACAAAGGUAUCUCCAAGAGAUCACCGAUCUUCCCAAGCGAUGCGCGAUGAUCACUGCCAGGGUCCAGGCGGAACAGCCUGAUAUCAUCACCUUCCAGGAAUAUGACAUGUUCGAAACGCUGAAUCCAUUGUUGGAGGCAGCCGGCUACAGCGCAGGGUCCGACCAAGGCAGCUACCAAGAACUGGCGCAAAGGGUGAAAGAUCUGGGUAUUCAACUGAAGAAGGGCGGAGGCGGUUCACCCAAAGACUUUGCGCAGAAAUAUCGUGAGCUGUUGGAGGAAUACGCUGCCAAGGGACUGUGUGUUUGCCCUAAUUUCAAUUCCACCGCGCGUCGCUUCAACCCUGAUGGUUUCGAUGAUGGCGUGGCCAUCUACUGGAAAACUUCAACGUUGAAGUCCCGUGAGCCUCCUGACGUUUGGACCUACGACAUGACGGGUGAUGCCCCGGCCAUUCGAGUGAAGCUGCAGCACAACAGUGGGUCCCCCCUGGAUGUCAUGACGUUGCACCUUCCAAGCAGUCCAGGGAAGGAACUUCGACGACAAUUGAACUUGUGGCAACUUCAUGAGCUUCUGGGUGGCGCCCUGGCCGACGGUCCGCCUCUGAUCCUGGCCGUGGACCUCAACAGCGAUGCCCAUUUGCAGCCUCCCUUGGGACAAGACGCGAAAGUGCAGGUCAUAGCAGAGGAUGGCAGUAGUGAAAAGGUGGAAUUUCAGCUGGAUCAGCCACUACGUCACACUUGUUUCCAGUUGCUCCAGUCCGGCACCGGCACCGGCACCGGCACCGGAAGCCGCCGACCCUACAGUCAUCCAGCUGACGUCAAGGCCGCCAAGAGCAUGGCAAAUUGCGACUUCCCCCACUGGGGCCUGAAGAAUGCUUGGGGCACAGAGGAUCGUAUCCCUCUCUCAGUUGUGAAGAUGCGUGGGCCGGCAUCGGAACAGGUGCAAAAGUGGGGUGAGUUGACGUUGGAGACUACGGAUCACGUCUUCUGUUCGCCUCACUUCAAAGUGGCCCAGUGUGGAACAGGCUACAGACAUUACAACCAUCAGGACAAACAGGACCUUAUGCGGCGCUUCAAAGACCCCCAGGCUCCAAAUCAGGAAGAGCUAUGUGAGUUGUUGAAAGGCUUAAUCCCAUCUUCGACUAUUCCUUCAGAUCACAUGUGUGUCUUGGCCACAUUCCAGCUAUCGCCACGUGAUGAGGCCGUCGAGGUCCAGGGAUAUGCGCCGGAAGAGAUGGAGGAGGAUUUUUUGCUGGGUGAUCGUGUGCUGAUCAAAGCCGCCAAGGAGGAGCCCAAGGCCUGGGAAGGCACCGUGAGGUUCAUUGGAAUCACCGACUUCGCCACGGGCGAAUGGUUGGGCGUCGAGUUGGACAUCAAGGCAGGCAAGAACGAUGGCAGCGUUCAUGGCAAGCGCUACUUCCAAUGUGAGGACAAGUACGGCCUUUUCCUGCAUCCUAGCGCAGUGCAAAAGUUCAAGGCUUCCAGCCCUCGAGACAUUGCUUUGGAGAAGGCUAAAGUGCAGGAGGCUCUCGCGCUGGCCAUGGAGGACCAUGAUAUCGAAACCAUUCGGCGAGUCUUACCUGCAGCGGAAAGCUUGGGUAUCGAUCCAAAGGAGAUCCACUUUGCGCGUCAGAUAGUAGACUCUGUGGCUUCAUACGAUCUGCAAGGAGAGGUGAAGGGCCUUUGUUCCAGCCUUUUGAAGUUGCGAAGAACCCUCGAAAACAUCGAGGCAUCAUCGAGCGGCAGACCAGGGGCGACACAGGGGACGUCUUACCAAGAGCUGGAAAGGCGUUUGUUGUCCGAGAGUCUUCCCAAGGUCCUGGAGCAUUUCAUGCAAGGUGCUGGUGCCCAGAGUCCUUGCAAAGCCGGCAAAGCUGGCGCAGCUGGUUCCCAGACAGAUGUUCCCCAGGUUCCGCAAGGGAUAUUGUCAGAGUGACGUGGUGGGUGACCUGGUGGUAUCACCAAAUUGCGACCAGCGAUGUUGGG